GCGCAGGCAGCAAAGCUCAAUACUUCACCGCAAUAUCAGGCGUCUUUCUGCGCGUCAUAGUUUAUGCUGGUCCAUCUACUUACUUUGGUACCCUACUUCUUGAUUUUGUUAUAAAGGGCAAGGACUAUGCCCUAUUUGCUUCUUACCAUUCCUCAUCACCUUCACAAUUUUCCACCAUGAAACUUACACUCGUCGUGAUUGUGUCCUCCGUUCUCGUCUAUGUCCAGGCUGCCGCCUGCGGGGGCGGCACGAUCAAGGGUCAAGAUGUCACCGAUUUGUUCUACGCCUUGGUCAGGAUCGGAAAGGAUGGAACGAUGAAUGACAAUGUUUUGAGUAACUGCAGAGGAAAUAUGUGCGUUUCUUGCUCGGAUGAGCGCUUCACUGAGUCAGGACUGAGAAAGGUCUGCCCUGAGGCAGGCGUUGCUGUUGCCCCAGAUGUCGCAGAUGGAGAUCCGGCUUCUUGCGACUAUACCGAUUUGAAGAGAGUCAGCAUGUUCAAGUACUACAAACAGUAGAUAUUUCUGCCACAACUAUUGUUAUAAACUAUCAAAGCAAAGCCGUUUACGAUCAGCUCUCCUCUUAUUGUAUUUGCCUAUCGCGCUUUAGCCACACUUCUUACAGGUCGC